AUGUCGUUGAACGACACAUUAAAUCUGGGUGGUAAUACCACCGCGGCUGAACAAAAAAAUGGCCAAAGCGCAGGUCAAUUUGCUGCUUCUUUGGUGACUGCCAUAGCGGUGUUCGGCAUCCAGGUCGGGUUAUUUCUCGUCAUCAAGGACCGCUUCGCAAGAAUAUACCAGCCCCGAACAUACCUUGUUCCAGAAAGAGAAAGGACGAAACCCUCACCUCCAGGCUGGUGGAAAUGGAUCAAGCCAGUGGCUGCUACCUCCAACUCUGAAUUCGUCCAAAAGUGCGGCCUGGACGCCUAUUUCUUCCUGAGAUAUCUACGUACGCUACUCAAGAUCUUUGUCCCCGCUGCGUUGGUCAUCUUACCAAUUCUCAUCCCUCUCAAUCUGAUCGACGGUCGUGGGACUCAGUUUGCGCUCGGAAAGAACGUAAACGCAAGCAAUGUCACGGGUCUGGACCAACUUGCUUGGGGCAAUGUGGCUCCCAAUCAUACCGGGCGGUAUUGGGCUCACUGGCUCUUGGCCCUAUGUCUGAUUGUCUGGAUUUGCUAUGUCUCUUUUGACGAACUACGCAACUACAUCCGGAUGCGGCAGGCUUACUUGACAUCUCCUCAACAUCGUCUCCGUGCUUCUGCUACCACUGUCUUGGUGAGCUCGAUCCCUCAGAAGUGGUGCACAGUCGAGGCGCUCGACGGCCUCUAUGACGUAUUCCCUGGUGGACUUCGAAACAUCUGGAUCAACCGAAACUUCGACGAGCUCAGUGACAAGAUCAAACGGCGCGAUAAGCUAGCUGCAACUCUCGAAGCCGCCGAGACCGAGCUCAUCAAGAAAUGUUUCAAAAAGCACGAGAAGAACGUCGCCAAAGCAGAGAAGGGAGCUGGCACGAAACUCACCAAGGAGGAAAAGAAGCUGCGAGCCACCAUUAGGAAUGAAGCUGGUGAUCGAGCAGCCCAUGGCCAUGGCACUACAACUGGAAACCCUCAUCAGGUGGAGCAUAACCUUCACGAUGUCAUUCAUGGUCAUCAGGCUGCCGCUCCCUCAGACUCGGGCGAUGAUGAGGAAGAAGAGGCCUCUAAGCCUCAACGGGACAGAUUCAAUAUCCCCAUUAUUGGCGAAGGCAUCUCCGCAGUUACUCACGGUUUGGACAAAGUUGGCAAAGGAAUACUAGGUGGCAUUCGUGGAGUCAACAAAGGAGUGAAUGAGACUAUCGACACUGCCAAUGGCUUCGUGGCGACCGAUGCGGAACAAAACGAAAUGGGACGCAGUUCCCACGGCGAAGAAGGAGAGAGCGCUAGCCCAACAGCACCCAAAAAUCGCAAGGUCUUCGGACAGCCGCGAACAGCAGGUGCCAAAGAUACCUCUGCAAAGAAUGAAAGCUCCUUUGGUGACCGGGGAAGAUCAAUGGAGAAAUCGCCUCGCGAAGAACCACCACAGAGCCCAAUCUCUCAAGGUAGUACAAUGGGGGGUGAGAAGGCUCGACCAGCGAAACAACUGACGAAAUUCGAAAAGUUCAAAAAGGCCAUUGGCCUUGGCUCAGACGAAAAAGAACCAGUCGAAUACCCGUCUGCGUUUGAGUGCAACUUCGAACACAACCCCGACGAUGCAGUCUGGCGACGUUAUUUGAAUGAAAAGGAACGCGAAACUAUGAGACUGCCAAUUUUCGGCUGGCAAUGGAUGCCCUCGCUCCCUCUGAUGGGAGAAAAGGUUGACACGAUCGAAUACUGCCGGAAGGAGGUUGCUCGGCUCAAUGUUGAAAUAGAGGAUGACCAAGCUCAUCCCGAACGGUUCCCUCUUAUGAACUCUGCAUUCGUCCAAUUCAACCAUCAGGUUGCGGCACACAUGGCGUGUCAAGCUGUCAGUCACCAUCUGCCCAAGCAGAUGGCUCCACGCUUGGUUGAGAUCGAUCCCAAUGAUGUUAUUUGGGACAACAUGUCGAUUCCAUGGUGGUCAGCAUACAUCAGAACAGGUGGGGUUGUGGCCAUUGUGGUUGGUAUGAUCAUCCUCUGGGCCAUUCCCAUCGCCUUUACGUCGGCUCUUUCGCAGCUCGAAACUGCUGCUAAGACGUGGACCUGGCUUCAUUGGGUUCUCAAAAUUCCUGCUUGGUUCCGGAGUGUCCUUCAGGGUGUGUUGCCGGCGACCUUACUCGGUCUACUAUUGUUUCUCCUCCCCCUCAUCCUCCGAUUCUUGGUACGAUGCCAGGGCACACCGUCUGGUAUGCUGGUCGAGCUCUCGGUUCAACGCUACUACUUUUGCUUCCUAUUCGUCCAGCUGUUCUUGGUCGUCUCAAUUGCCUCAGCCUUGACCCAGUUCUUUGCGCUGUUCACAAGUGUGGACGGCUGGACUAACGUUCCGAGUCUCCUUGGCACCAACAUCCCUAAGGCCAGCAACUAUUUCUUCUCCUACAUGCUCCUCCAGGCCUUGUCAGUGAGCGCUGGAGCACUACUGCAAGUCGGGUCACUCAUCGGAUGGUUCAUCCUUGCGCCGCUAUUUGACACUACAGCGCGGGCCAAAUUCAAACGACAGACCCAAUUACAAAAUAUCCAGUGGGGAACAUUCUUCCCGGUGUAUACCAAUCUGGCUUGCAUCGGUUUGAUCUAUUCCGUUAUCUCGCCUCUGAUCCUGCUUUUCAACAUCAUCACCUUUACGUUGUUUUGGUUUGUCUACAGGUACAAUACCCUUUAUGUCGACCGGUUCACUCGCGACACCGGUGGCCUAUUGUACCCUAAUGCCAUUAACUUCACCUUCGUGGGAGUCUAUGUGAUGGAAAUUGCUCUGAUUGGCAUGUUCUUCCUGGUCAGAGAUGAACAUGGGAACGUCGCCUGCACGGGACAAGCGAUUGGGAUGAUUAUAAUUCUCAUCCUCACCGCCGGGUAUCAAUUGCUGCUAAACAACGCUUUCAGCCCAUUGUUUAGAUAUCUUCCUAUUACUCUUGAGGAUGAUGCGGUUCGGCGUGAUGAGGAGUUUGCCCGAGCGAUGCAAAAGAAACAUGGCCUAAUCGAGAACGAGAACGAAAAUGAGGAUCUUGAAGAUCAACUGGAGCGUAAUGAGCGACAGUCCGUGGAAGAAGACCGCCAACAACAUGAAAUCGAACUUCAAGACAUUGAAAAGGAUAAACAGGCCAGGCUCGGACGACAAAGGUCUCAAAAGUUGCCUGACCUUGAGCCGUACGAGUUCCAGAAUCCAGAGAUUGCCAUGAAUUUAGACCAAGAAAGCAGAGGCUUCCGAAUGAUGAAAGCAGCAGCUCAGAUGACUGCAGGCAAAACCAAAGGCCUCGUGCCACGUACCAUUUCGCAAAGAGGCCACCACAAGUCCUGGGCCGACAGGGACAACGCAAGGAAUCGACACGCAUCGAAUUUUGGUGACUGGGAAAAUCCACCACUAAGCAGAAGUGUGACGCAAUCCGAAGGUGCGUCUGGGCCUCACAAGCGCCACGUGCAACAACCUAAGGACGUCUUUGACAAGCUUAACAACUUUAAUCCUUUGACUGGCACUGAAAAGGACGUCGAAGCUCAACGAGCGGCUCGGAAUCAACUUGCUGAUGCACUCUUUGGUGGAGUCAACGAUGAAUUGGAGGACCUGACGCCUGACGAGCGCGAUAAACUCGUGCAGAGGGCUUUCCAACAUAGUGCACUACGAGCCAGAAGGCCUGUCAUCUGGAUUCCUCGGGAUGAGCUCGGUGUUAGUGACGACGAGGUGCACCGAAUGGGCCGCUUCAGCAGUCACCUCUGGGUCAGCAACGUUCGGCAAGGCCUCGAUUCCAAAGGUCGCUGUGUGUACAGCGGCGCCCCGCCCGAUUUCAGCGAAGUGGACGUGAUCCAGCUCUAA